AUGGCAGCUGCAGCGCUCAACAGAACUGUCGCAGUGCUUGGUGCGUCCUACGGAGGUGCCCGCGCAGCACAACUCCUUGCGGGGGCGCUCCCAGAUGGCUGGAGGGUGGUUGUCAUAGAUCGGAAUAGCCACUUGAACCACCUCUACGUUCUACCCCGCUACGCAGUGGUUCCAGGGCACGAACACAAGGCGUUCAUUCCCUACACCAACAUAUUUCAAAGCCCGAACGGCAAAGAGAACCCCGGACACAUCUUCCUGCACGCACAGGUCACCGGCCUCUCACCCCGUAGUGUUACCCUGUCGCGCGCGUUUCCAGAGCACGGAAUCCAGGGCCCGACCCCAACACUCCAGUUCGACUAUCUCUUGUACUCACUGGGUAGCCACCUGCCAGCACCCAUCAAUCUAUGGGGCCCGGUCGACGAUAUCUACGGGUCCGUGGUGUCGCAGAACGCCAGUCGAGACCGGCAAGUGUCUGAGCCUUCUUCGUCCUAUAACACCUCACUGGGUAUACCGCCUUCUGCGCCUGUUGCUCCGCUUACGCAGGGGACCAAAGUUGAGGGCAUCCAAUGGAUUAAGCGGUACCAUGAGCGUAUCGAGAGCGCAUCGAGUGUGCUCGUAGUUGGUGGUGGAGCCCUUGGUAUCCAGUAUGCCACGGAUGUUGCAGAUGCGUAUCCGACGAAACGUGUCACUCUUCUCCAUUCUCGAGCCCAAUUACUGCCGAGGUUUGACGAGGGGAUGCACAAGGAAAUUCUCGCCAGACUUUCUGCCUUGAACGUAGACACAAUUCUGGGCGAACGUCUAGACCUAUCGUCUCUGACCAACGGACAGGCUGUCCGCGGUGAGAAUGAUAGUAUAGAGCGUGUUGUACGCACACAAAACGGCCGCCAGAUUCGGGCAGAACUGAUCGUGCUCUGUACCGGUCAAAUUCCGAACACUAACCUCUUCGGAAAGAUGCUCCCGGAUGCUAUUGUCCCAGAUGGUCCUUCAAAGGGAAUGAUACGUGUGCAAAGGACCAUGCAAGUCGCACUUGCCUCUAAAGAGCAUGUACCUGGGGGCGUGAGCCCGCAAUUGAGCGUGCCGUACCCGCACCUGUUCGCGAUUGGGGACGCUGCGGAUGCCUUUGGUGCGAUUAAGUCCGGCCGCAGUGCCCAUUCCCAGUGCGAAGUUGCUGUGCGCAACAUUGUCAAGCUUAUCGCUCGUUCUGAGGGUCGGGAGGGUGAUUCUGCUUUGGAGUCUUACGCGCCUGAUCCCCCGGCGAUCAAGGUGUCCCUCGGUCUUGACCGCGGUGUGUAUCAGAUGCACGGCAAAAUUGUUACGGUUGCGGAAGCUCAGGUGGAUAUGGAAGCGCAUCGGAUGUGGCAGAUGUACGGGGCUGAAACCGAUGAGGAGGGCAUGCACUUAUGA